CUGUGUCGUGUGCCUCAAUUCUCGCUCUGUUCUUGGGCUCUCUUUUUUCACCAAAUUUCCCUCGUGUUUUUCCUAACCGUGCAAUUGAAUAUCCCCUCUUAUCUGUUCCUUUUGUUUCCCCAUUCCUUUCUCUAGAAAAUUUCCUCUCUAAAUUUUCUCGGGAAAGUUAGGAUUUUUACAGAGAAGGAGCAAUCAUGAGCUUUCAAGAUCUGGAAGCUGGACGGCCAUAUGCGUCGAGGCAAACCCCGAUCAAUGGAAAGCAAGACGCCUCGCAAGCUGUGGCUUCUGGCAUUUUCCAAAUCAACACGGCCGUCUCCACCUUCCAGCGACUCGUCAAUACCCUGGGCACUCCAAAGGACACGCCUGAGCUCCGAGAAAAGCUGCAUAAAACAAGGCUACAUAUUGGGCAAUUAGUGAAGGACACUUCGGCUAAACUUAAACAAGCUAGUGAAAAAGAUCAUAACGCUGAAGUUAGCGCAAGCAAGAAGAUAACAGAUGCCAAACUUGCAAAGGAUUUUCAAGCUGUUUUGAAAGAGUUUCAAAAGGCUCAACGGCUUGCAGCUGAAAGAGAAACAUCAUAUUCUCCUUCAGUUCCUCAUGCAGUUCUUCCUUCAAGCUAUACAGCGGGUGAGAUGGAAAUAGGUUCAGAUAAAAGUGCCGAACAGAGAGCCCUUCUUGUCGAAUCAAGAAGACAAGAGGUCUUGCUGUUGGAUAAUGAGAUUGCAUUUAAUGUGGCUAUCAUUGAUGAAAGAGAACAAGGAAUUCAAGAAAUUCAGCAGCAAAUUGGUGAGGUGAAUGGGAUCUUCAAAGAUCUUGCUGUGCUAGUUCAUGAUCAAGGAACUAUGAUUGAUGACAUUGGGACCCAUAUUGAAAAUUCUCAGGCUGCCACUUCGCAAGCAAAAUCCCAUCUCGUGAAAGCAGCAAAGAGCCAGAGAUCAAAUUCUUCUCUGACCUGCUUUCUCCUAGUGAUAUUUGGAAUUGUGCUUCUGAUCGUGAUCAUAAUACUGGCAGCCUAGAAAGUCAUCCAAUAUGAUCAAGGACAAUUUAAAGAUGGUCCCUGCAGCAAAAAUGCGGUCCUUUCAGUAAAGUAUUUGAUGUGUUGUUUCUUUGCAAGACAUGAUGGCUGACUCGAGUUCACUUAUAGUUUAAAGUAUAUAGCAUGUGAUUAUGGGCAACCCAUUAUGAUAUUUUUGGUUGAUCCUUAAGGAGUGGCUAUUUUCUUUUGAAGUUUAUGUUUGGGUUUUGUUGAGGAUGUCUUACAGCUUUUUCGUUGCAAUAAGAAUUCUUUGUUUUAAUUCAUCAAAA